GCGGGUCGCCAUGGCGGCGGUGGCGGCGGCAGCAGCGAUGGCGGCGGCGCUGCGGGAGUGGGCGGCGGUGGUGGCGCGGCAGGACGCGGCCUGGCGGGCGGCUCUGGCCGCAUGGGCGCCGCUGCUGGGCUCGCUGUCUGGGCUGGCGGCGCAGAUGCGGGCGGCACAGCGGCUGGCGUGGGGCGGUUCGCCGCUGCGUGCCUUCGGCGACCUGCGGGCGCGGCUGUGGCGGAAGCAGCGCGGCGCGGCUGAGGCGCUGCUGGAGCAGCUCGGUGUCCGGCGGGCGGAGCUGCGGGCCGUGCGGGACGCCGUGGGGGCCGGCGUGGCCGGUGUGCUGCGGCUGUACGAGGAGCGGGCGGCGGAGCUGGACCUGGCGGCGGCCCUGCGGCGGGGGCCGCGCUGCCCCUCGCUGGCUGAUGCGUUGGAGGGGCUGCAGGACGUGGAGCGCUACUACCGGCACCUGUACCUGGAGAGCAAGCUUCUCCUCCGCCGCGUCAGCUGUGACAACCUGGCAGACAUGGAAGCCCUCCCACAGUCUUGGGAGAGGAUUUUGGAGCGCUACAAGGAAGAUGUUGUUCAAGAUACGCUUCUUAAGAUCUCUCUGUUUGUGGACAACCACCGAGAGCCGUGCUGCUCACCAGGCUCCUGACAGAACAGGAGGGACUGACGUGGACCGGCUUCUACAAGUGCCUGGUAUGUUCCGAGAUGACCAGAGAGGAGGAUGAACUGAGGAAGCUUCACUGGUGCUUUUUGGAUGCCGAAUGAGUUGGGUACUUGGCCUCAGCAGGAAAUGUGUGGACUGCUUCAUUUUCAAGUGGAAAUGGACUUGGUGUAUGAAGAAGAGCCUGAGCUGAAGAAGCGCUGAAGAUCUUCAGCUACGGAAGUCGUCCCUUCUUUUGCCUGCCAUGGAUAUUUUGUAUACUGAAAAAACGUUGAGACUUACUAACUUGAGGUGCACCGCAAAUAAGCGAGUGUUGCAUAAGGACCUUCUUACGUGACUGAUACCGUGUGAGAAAGAUGUUUAGGUACUGUCCUUACAAAUAAAGAAAGAUGUCAAAUCAGGGCUUAAAAACAGUGCGCACCUCUGAGCAACGUGUUUGCUUCCAUCCCACCUCUACAUUGAAGAGGAAGGAGCAAAUUUGGCUUGAAAAUGUAAUUGUGGAGGUGCACGGACACCUGAGUUCUGACACAGGCAGUUUUCAAGCGUGUUAGAGUACGUUCCUCUAAUAUCUCUGCUAGGACACGUUUAAAUUGCAGCCUUACAACUUCAGGCUCCAUGGCAGCAGCGACUGCUGGCAUUUCGGGGGAUGCCUUUUGUUGGCCGUAACGCCGAUCCUCUGUAACAUUCCUGGCAAGUAGUAGGAUGCCUGUCUUGAAUAACACAUUGGGUAAGAGCUGUAGCUUCCCAGAGAAGGCUAAAUAAAGACUUGGAUGGAUU